AUGACGUUCCUCGUUUCCAGUGAUUUACUACGAGCUUGUUCUCGAGUUAACGAGCUUCCAGACAUUUCAUCAAAUAUGUCCAUAUUUGCUGAAUUGGUCGACACGUGGUGCCUUGCCAGCCCUUACGAAAGAGCAUUUGCAUUGUGUCUUAAGGUCGCAGCGCCCUUGUCAAUCACAGCUGAUCAAGUGUCUUUCCAUCUAUCGUUACGUCAGCCAACAUUUUCCCAUGAUGAUGAGUCUUACACUAUUGGACGAUGUCGCAUGUCAAGAUCGUUGUCCCUUAAGAAUAUCCACAUGCACCGUCUAGGUCAUACUCGUAUUUCGAAUUUUUCUUAUUGUGGACUUGUCAGUGACGUUCUGCAACUCAUGGAACGUCUUGCCGUGUGCGUUCGGAAUCGCGAACCAGUCCUUUUGGUUGGUGAAACCGGGGUCGGAAAAACUUCUGUUGCUCAGUCGCUUGCAUCUACUCUCAAUGUUACGUUGAAGGUAGUAAAUCUGAGCCCUUCUUCUGAUCCAGAUGAACUCAUUGGCGGAUACAAGCCGGCUACUAUUUCUCAAAUACUUGAGCCGUUUACACACCUUUAUCACAGUGUUUUCAAAAGCAGUUUUGAUAUUGUGAAAAAUCGAAAAUUUUUGGACCACUUGGAAGCUUGCUUGUCGUCCGGUCGUUAUAGAGACUACCUUUCACUGGCUAUAGCAACUGCAGAGAAAGCUCUGAGAAAGCAAUCUCUGAAGGAGGUGGAUACUCGGUGGGCAUCCGUUAUUGUUCGCGCAAGACGAAUACGUAGGGGUUUGGAUCGUGGCGCUGUCCCAUUUGUUACUAGUCGUGGAGCUGUGCUCGAAGCUGCUGAAGAUGGACACUGGCUUCUUAUUGAUGAAAUCAACUUGGCACCUCCAGAAAGCCUUGAUGCUAUUGUGCACACUAUUUCAAGGAAUGUACAUCCAAAUUUUCGACUUUUCGCGUUCACUGAAUUUUAUGUGGGUGAAAUGAGUGAUGCUCAUCAGUUAGCUGUUGUAGUUUCCGCUUAUCUUCCAUCAAUGAAACCCACCUUAGUAACGAAGCUUGUGAAUUUUUAUCUUGAGGCAAAACAACUUUAUCCAACCAUUUAUAGCUUGCGUACUUUUUGUCGUGCACUGUUAUUCACAGCCCAAAAUAUGUUUGGGAACGAAGAACGAUCAUUGUAUGAAGCGGUUGCUAUGGCGUUUCUCACCAAUCUCGAUGCUGAAGAGAAGGAAAAGGUUCAUGCGAAAAUCGCACACACUUUUCAUGUAGCAACACACAUACCAAUGGUGGAGGGAUACUGGAUAGAGCGUGGCACUGAAUUACCUAGCUCCGAUGGAAGUUACGUUCUCACAAAGACAGUGAAAAGCAAUCUUGCUGAAAUUGCUCGAAUUACAUCUAGUGGAAGAUUUCCUAUCCUACUGGAAGGAGAAACGAGUGUUGGAAAGACGUCAAUUAUCUGUCACUUUGCUCGGAUGACUGGAAAUGUGCUCACUCGUAUUAACAACCAUGAAUAUACUGAUAUACAAGAGUACAUAGGGUCAUAUGUUGGAGAUAUGCAGGGCCGUUUGAUAUUUCGAGAAGGUGCAUUGGUGAAAGCGGUGAGAAACGGUGGAUGGGUGAUUCUUGACGAACUGAAUCUUGCUCCUAGCGAUGUCAUCGAGGCUUUGAACAGGCUUCUUGACGAUAAUCAGGAGCUAUUUAUUCCGGAACUGAACACCGUUAUUCAAGCACAUCCACGGUUUCGUCUUUUUGCCACUCAAAACCCAGCAGGAUGCUAUGGUGGUCGAAAACGUCUUUCGCGUGCCCUCAUGUCUCGUUUUGUUGUGCUCCGUUUCAGUCAACUGCCAAUGGAAGAACUAGCAUCAAUGGUAUUUCCUGGAAGAAAAGUGGUAAGAGUUACGUUAUCCAUCUGUUGCUCCCCAACAUUUGAGGUUUGCGCACGUUCUGGCGUUCACAAAUCUGCCGCUACAAAAAUGAUUAAUGUGCUCUCCAAACUUCGUUUGAAACGCUCUGUCAGUGGUGUUUUCUCGGCUACAGAUAGCCUAAUGACACUUCGUGAUGUUUUUCGAUGGGCAAAACGACUUGUCACGGAUUCGACAAGUGAUGAUUGGCUCCAGGUUCUCCCACAUCAGAUUCUUGCAAACCAUGGCUACUUUUUACUCGCUGGACGUUGUCGCAACCAGAGAGAUAUCCAUUCUGUGGUCGAAACGCUACAAAAUGAAUUGGGAAGAAAUAUAGAGCCAAUAAAAUUAUUUGCGAUGGAUUCGCCUUAUAUGCCCAAAGAUAUAGACACCGAAGGUAUAAUUAUGACGAUGAGUAUGAGAAGAAUGUUAGUAAUGACCGAACAGGCGUGGCUUCGUAACGAGGCCGUACUUAUGGUUGGUGAAACUGGUGGCGGUAAGACCACUCUUGCUCAUUUGAUGGGAAGAGGAAAUUUGAGCACGAUUAAUUGUCAUGAAAGAACUGAGACUGCGGAUUUAUUGGGAAGAUUACGUCCAAGAGAAGAUGGAGGAUUCGCAUGGUCGGACGGAGUUGUGGUUUCUGCAAUGAAAGCUGGUGUGCCGUUAUUAGUCGAUGAAAUUUCGCUGGCUGAAGAUUCUGUUCUGGAACGCUUAAAUCCGUUAUUCGAGGAAGAAAGAACAUUACUUCUGUCUGACGCCGGAGUUGAAGUUCAUUCAGUUUCCGCUCGUGAUAGCUUUCAAAUAAUUGCAACCAUGAAUCCAGGAGGAGAUUAUGGAAAGAAAGAGUUAUCGAAAGCACUUCGAAAUCGCUUUACCGAAAUAUGGUCCUGUUGUGACUUCGAAGAAUGCGAAUUGGUUAAAAUAUUUGAGUCAAGACUCAACUCCACUCUUGAAGAAUCUCUUGGCCCUCCUCAAGAGUCCCCGGCAGAACUAGUUGUUAACUGGAUAGCGAAGUUUUCUAAAAAAUACUUGCACGUGUUUAGGCAUUCACCUUCUGUUCGCGACGUUAUUGCUUGUGCAGAAAUAUACUCGGCUUGUGUAGCUAAUCGAUUUCUUCGAACAACAGCCAUUUUUGAAGCGGUUUCCGCUGUGUUUCUUGAUGCCCUUAACAUGCAAAAGCUGCGAAUGACGAUGGAUAUCAGGGAAAUACGUAGGGAUGCGGAAGAUAUGUUAGGCCAGCUUUCAUCUGACGUCAUUGUAAGAUCCCCUAUUCCAUCGGAAAUACUCGUCGCGUCCGACUGUAUAAAGAUUGGAGCCUUUUCUGUUUCAUUUGGGUCUCUCGAUCGAGCUGUACCUAAGGGAUUUUCACUUCGAGCACCCACAUGUGUCUCAAAUUUCUACCGAAUUGCGAGGGCUCUGCUAAUCAACAAGCCAAUUCUGUUAGAAGGUGCUCCAGGAUGUGGAAAAUCGAGCACAGUAAUGGCUCUUGCUACGUUGACCGGCCAUCCUAUUACUAGGUUAAAUUUAUCGGACCAGACGGAUCUUUCCGAUCUUUUUGGAAGCGAUGUACCCAUAAUCUGUGAGGAUGAUAGUAUCUCAUUCCAGUGGGUAGAUGGUCCAAUUUUGAGCGCCAUUAAACGUGGCGAAUGGGUGCUACUCGACGAGAUGAAUCUAGCGCCUCAAGCAGUACUGGAAGGAUUAAAUGCUUGUUUCGAUCAUCGGCGAAUGCUCUACGUGGCAGAACUGAAUCGUUCAUUUGAAAUUCCACCUGGUAGUAACUGUCGCUUCUUUGCAUGUCAAAAUCCUCACGCACAAGGUGGAAAUAGACGAGCGUUGCCAAAGUCUUUUGUCAACCGUUUCACCAGCAUCUACAUUGAGGACUUACUGGACGAGGAUAUCCUAGUUAUUUUACAUGAAUUGCCAGCCGCUGUGGAAAUUGGUCGCGAUAACCUAAAAGCAAUGAUUUCCAUUACUGCUGAACUUUCUGCUGAUCAAAGUCUAAUUGGCGGUCCUUUCUCCUUCAAUCUUCGCGAUUUAUUACGCUGGGUACAACUCUUCGAAAAGUUUAAAGAUAUGCAAGUAUGUUUUCAAGUAUUAUUCUUAAACAGAAUGCGGAGAGAGGAAGAUUGCAAGAGGCUAAGAGAUUUGUAUUCGAAGUUCUUUGGUGAACCAUGUGUUACUCCUCCUCUUACUCUUUCCGCUGAUGACAAGGAAGUUCGUCUAGGGAAGGUAUGCCUUCCCCGCACUGGUAGAAAAUAUGAGCUCUUCAACUCUUCCCAUCGACUUCUAUCCAGCCAAUUUGCACUUAUGCACCAAUUGGCUGUUUGUGUUGAUAUGCAGUGGAUGGCACUGAUAAUAGGACCUAGAAAUUCUGGAAAGCGGUCGACACUGCAAAAUCUAGCGGACAUCUGUGGUGUUCAACUCCAAACAAUUGUUCUGAAUUCCGAGACAGAUGCUCAAGAACUUAUAGGGUCGUAUGAGCAGUCGAUCGACGAUUAUGUCAUUAAUGAUGCGAAACAGAACCUAUACGAAAUUCUGAGUGCUCAUGUCGAGGAAGCAGCACUGAAAGGAAUACUCAAUGCGGAAGAUCUGACACAACUUGAGACAAUCACUGAAAUUGUCCUCUCUAAUAUCAACGACAACAACGAUGUAGUUGAUGAGUGUCGCGUAGUACUGGCACGUUCUACUCGGUCGUCGAUGCGCUUCGAAUGGGUUGAUAGUCCUUUCGUACGCGCGUAUUUAAAUGGUCAUUGGUUGCUGAUUGAAGAUGUGAACCUGUGCAGUGCUGCGGUUUUGGAUCGUUUAAAUAGCUGUCUCGAAAAUGACGGCCGUCUGGUGGUAUUUGAACGUCAUUCCUCAUUUAAACCUUUGGAACCACAUCCAAAUUUUAGACGACUGUUUAGAGUUUUUCUUUCGAUGGACGCUAAGAAUGGAGAGAUCUCUCGUGCCAUGCGAAAUCGUAGUGUGGAGAUAUUUAUUACGACUGAGCGACAGUGGAGUUCUAGUCCACUGGAUGUGGCCGCUAAUUGA